CGUUGCGGCCGGGACUGAGGUAGCGUCGGGAGGCCCGGCGGGGGCGGCGGCCCGCGCAGGUGCACCGGGGCCGGCGAGUGGGUGGGGAAGGCUCGCGGCUCCGAGGCUUGACCGGGUGCAGGAAGUUGUGCUUGAGCUUGGCUGUGUGUGCAGCAGUGGAUACAGAAGUUAGCUGAAGGAUUAGAUGCAAUGAAUAUAUAUAAGCUUGAUAUAAAAGACAUGGUUUUUACCUCACUUCACCAACACAUAUAAGUUCCCUUCUUUUUGGAUUCCUAUGUGAUGCCACAAUGCAACAAGCUUUAGAACUAGCUUUGGAUCGUGCAGAGUAUAUCAUUGAAAGUGCUCGACAGAGACCUCCUAAAAGGAAAUACCUAUCUAGUGGAAGAAAAUCUAUAUUUCAAAAACUUUAUGACUUGUAUGUUGAAGAAUGUGAAAAAGAACCAGAGGUUAAGAAAUUAAGAAGAAAUGUGAACUUGUUAGAAAAGCUUGUUAUGCAAGAAACAUUGUCCUGUUUGGUGGUCAAUCUCUACCCAGGAAAUGAGGGAUAUUCUCUGAUGCUCAGGGGAAAAAAUGGAUCAGAUUCUGAGACCAUUCGACUACCUUAUGAAGAAGGAGAGUUGCUUGAAUACUUAGAUGCAGAAGAAUUACCUCCUAUUCUAGUUGAUCUUCUAGAAAAAUCUCAGGUUAAUAUUUUUCACUGUGGGUGCGUCAUAGCAGAAAUACGUGACUAUAGGCAGUCGAGUAAUAUGAAGUCUCCUGGUUACCAGAGCAGGCACAUUCUCUUACGACCAACGAUGCAGACUUUAAUCUGUGAUGUUCAUUCAAUAACAAGUGAUAACCAUAAAUGGACCCAGGAAGACAAGCUGUUGCUUGAGAGCCAACUGAUUCUGGCUACAGCUGAACCACUGUGUCUUGAUCCUUCUGUAGCAGUAGCCUGCACUGCAAACAGACUUCUCUAUAACAGGCAGAAGAUGAAUACUCGUCCAAUGAAACGGUGUUUCAAGAGGUACUCCAGGUCCUCCCUGAAUCGGCAGCAGGAUCUCUCUCACUGUCCCCCUCCACCUCAGCUGAAAUUGCUUGAUUUCUUACAGAAAAAAAAGGAAAGAAAAGCAGGUCAGCAUUAUGACCUCAAAAUCUCUAAAGCAGGCAAUUGUGUAGAUAUGUGGAAGCGUAGUCCCUGUAAUUUGGUCAUGCCAUCUGAAGUAGAAGUGGAGAAAUAUGCAAAAGUGGAAAAGUCCAUCAAAUCUGAUGACUCACAACCAACAAUUUGGCCAGCCCAUGAUAUAAGAGAUGAUUACUUAUUUGAAUGUGAAACUGGUAAUCAGUAUCAAAAAACAAAGCUGACCAUCUUGCAGUCACUUGGUGAUCCACUUUACUAUGGUAAAAUACAGCCAUGUAAAGCAGAUGAAGAAAAUGACAGCCAGAUGUCUCCAUCCCACUCCUCCACAGAUGAUCAUUCAAAUUGGUUCAUUAUUGGGUCAAAGACUGAUGCUGAGAGGAUAGUUAAUCAGUACCAAGAAUUGGUCCAGAAUGAAGCUAAAUGUCCAGUCAAGAUGUCGCACAGCUCUAGUGGUUCAGCCAAUCUGAGUCAGCCUUCUCCAGGGAAAGAAGGGGAACAGUCUGAGACCCUGUCAGUUCAAUCUUCUGUUUUGGGGAAGGGGAUAAAGCAUCGACCUCCACCCAUCAAACUUCCUACAAGCUCAGGAAGUAGUUCCUCAGGUAACUAUUUUACACCCCAACAGGCCAGCAGCUUUCUUAAAUCUCCAACUCCUCCUCCAUCUUCUAAGCCACCAAGUCUUUCUCGAAAGUCAUCUGUAGAUCUCAAUCAAGUUAGUAUGCUUUCUCCAGCUGCCCUAUCACCUGCCAGCUCAUCACAAAGAUCUGGAACUCCUAAGCCAUCUACUCCUACACCAACCCCUUCAUCGACCCCACACCCUUCUGAUGCCCAGAGCUCAACUCCUAGUACCCCUUCAGCCACCCUUACUCCCCAAGAUUCAGGCUUCACCCCUCAGCCCACUUUGUUAACUCAGUUUGCUCAGCAGCAAAGGUCUCUGAGCCAGGCAAUGCCUGUAACAACCAUUCCUCUUUCCACCAUGGUAACAUCUAUAACUACAGGGACCACAGCCACCCAGGUCAUGGCAAACUCUGCUGGACUUAACUUCAUCAAUGUAGUGAGCUCUGUUUGUGGAGCACAGGCUUUGAUGAGUGGUUCAAACCCCAUGCUGGGCUGUAACACUGGUGCCAUAACUCCUGCAGGAAUAAACCUGAGUGGCCUUCUACCCUCAGGAGGUCUGCUACCAAAUGCAUUGCCCAGUGCAAUGCAGGCAGCUUCUCAAACAGGUGUUCCAUUUGGUUUAAAAAAUACUUCAAAUCUCAGGCCUUUAAACCUACUCCAGCUUCCUGGUGGUUCGCUCAUUUUUAACACCCUGCAGCAGCAGCAGCAGCAGCAGCAGCAGCAACUUUCUCAGUAUGCACCACAACAACCUCAGCAGCCCACAACUCCUAAUCCUCAACAGCCAGGGGAGCAGGGUUCUGAACAAGGUUCAAAUUGUCAAGAUCAGGCCUUAUCUGCUCAGCAAGCUGCUGUUAUUAACCUUACUGGAGUAGGAAGUUUUAUGCAAUCACAGGCAGCUGCAGUUGCGAUUCUUGCAGCAUCAAAUGGCUAUGGCAGCAGCAGCAGCCCAAACAGCUCAGCUACAUCAUCAUCGACAUUCAGGCAGCCAGUCAAAAAGUAAAAUGAAAAGAGGCACAUCAACCACUCCAAAAUUUUGAGUUUUUAUUUUUUUCUCUUUUAUAAAAACACAAGAGCAUUGAAUCAGUUGUUUCUACUUCUUUGUUUUUUAAGGUGUAUAAACUUUAUAUAAAAGCACAACCCUGUGGGGUUUUUUUUAAAAUAAAAGCAGGGAAAUGGUUUAA